AUGGUGAUUGACGAACAGGGGUAUGGCAUUCCAUACUUAGCGGCGGCAGUAGGCGGCUCCACCACUUCUUCCUCUUCUAUUUCAUUCCAAUGCAGCGAGGAAGCUCCUGCUAUUGUUAAAUCUUACUAUGGCCAAAGAAUUGUUGUUUGCCCUGUUGUAGAAGGGGAUUCCAUCUUUUGGGUGAUGCUCAUUACAGUUGUUGCUGCAAUAUUAGUGCUUAAAAUUUGUACAGGUGGUGAUUGGUCCUCAACACUUAAAGAAAUGAACGAGGAAGACGAGUUCAAUGACUGCAAUUUUAGGAAGGAGUACACACCACAACAAUUCAAUGAUGAAUCCAUUAUUUCUCACUUACAAUCACACGCGAUUCUCCGGUCGUCUUCUUCGGCGAACCUCCGGCAAAAACGAGUUUUUCCGGCGGACUUUUCUCGACUUCCAUCCAAGCGGCAUCCACCGUUGGUGUUGCUGCUUAGCUUUUCCACCCUUCCCUCUCUCCCUCCUGUCGAUUUGCUGCCAGAAAAAGGAAGAAGGGAUGCAGGCAGCAAGCCACAUGCCACCUCCUCCUGCCAUCACUGGAACCCACCUGCCACCUCCCUUUUGUUGCCGGUAAACCACCAUUACCACCUCUUGCUGCUUGCUGCUGCUAUAAGUCAUCAAACCGAGACCCAAGGAUCCGUCGAAAAUCUCAUUUUUGCCGGAGACUCGCUAGAGAUGACGACCAGAGAGUCGUCGGAGAUAAGAAAUUGUCGGAAACCUUCAAUAGCCGGUUUUAAUGGUUUCUGUGAACACAUACAACAAGUUCAAUGA